UAAAUAAUAUAAACUAGAAAAUAAUAAUAAUUGGUAGAAUUAUUUAGUGAUUCAUUUAUUAUAUAUCCACAUAUACGCGUUUGCAUAAAUCCGUGACAAUUGCAAAUGCGACCGUUAAAGGUAGCUUUCGAAUUUAUGCGUAAGUUGACGAUCAAGAGAUUUACAUGAUUCCAAAUGUACGAGCAUGAAUGUAAGCAGAAGAAGAUCUCCAAAGUCUCAAAAGCAAAGAAAGCCCACGUGGAAAAAAAGAAAAUCGUUAUGACUCAAGCGGCCAAGCGGCGUUUGAAACGCUCCUCUCAACAAUUGAUCUCUACGAGUAGUAGUGAUAGUAACUCAGCUGAGCAAAAAAGUAUUGACACUGAUGAUAAUUCCGCAUGUGAAAGUGAUAAGCAAUUAAAGAAUACCUCACCCGCUACUACACUUACGAAGUCAAGCGAUGCCGUUGCAUCGGAAUCGCUAGAAUCUGAAUUGAAGGAAGUCUUACCUUCAUCACCCGCCUCUACGGAAGUACCUGUUGAUCCACGCGUUUGGAAUGCCGAUCACAUAGCCAGUUGGGUGACUUGGAUGACUAAACAGUUUAAUCUUCACCCAGCACCGGACAUUUUACGUUUUCCAACGUCAGGUGCAGAACUAUGUAAAAUGAGUCGCGCUGAGUUUUGGGUUUGUGCCGGCUCCCGAGAAGGUGGCGUUGUAUUUGCCAAGCAUAUAGCGUUCACUUUACAUAGCAUAACCGGUCGCGAAUCUAGUCCAAUGUUGAACGAUAACGAACCUAAUCCGUAUCAAUUGCUGAACGCCGCCUCGCAUCGAUUGGUUGCUCAAGGCUCUGGGCAAAUACAGUUAUGGCAAUUUUUGCUUGAACUGCUUGGUGAUUCGUCGAAAAGUACGUACAUAGCAUGGGAAGGAACCAAUGGCGAGUUUAAACUAAUCGACCCCGAUUUUGUCGCAAAACUAUGGGGAGAGCGCAAAGCAAAACCAAACAUGAACUACGACAAACUGAGCAGAGCGCUGAGAUACUAUUACGACAAAAACAUUAUGACUAAGGUUCAUGGUAAGCGCUAUGCGUAUAAAUUUGAUUUCCAUGGCCUUAUGGCGGCCUGUCAAGCACAAGCUCAGGGCUGUGAUCCUACAACAAAUAUGCUUACGGGCUAUAAAAUUGGUCAUCCACAACAUCAUCCACAUCAUCCCCAUGCACAUCAUCCAUAUAGUGUACAACAUCAACAUUCGAGCAAUUUGCAUACGGAUCUUGCCUCCACUUCAUCUAGUCUAAGUUUUCUAUCUUCAUCUAGCGCGUCAAUGACGUCAUCGAACAUUGCUGAGCCCCUUUCCCCGGACGGCAACUCAGUACACUUUACAAGUGGCCAACAAAUUACAACAACAACGGUCGUAUCGCCAUCGACACCAUCAACAACAUCGACAACAACAACUACUACUAUUGCAGCUACACGCACUUCAUAUUGGCCGUAUGGUGGUACGUCAACAUUUUAAAUCCACUCCUUCAUCUAAAGCAUUUAGGACAAAUUAUAUGAAUUAUACACUUAUUCCGUUUGGGGAUACAUACCACCCACAGUGCUGUCCGGUUGUUUUAUUCUAAUUUUUCCUAUUCUUCUUAAUGAUAUAAGUUAAUCCUUUGUUCUUACUGACUAAAAUGACUAUUGGCCACUUUAACGCUUGCUUGCUAAUGACUACAACAACAUGCUGUAAGCAAGUGAAAAUAAAUUUUUUGUUUUUAACAAAUUCCAACGCUUACGCAUUAUGUAGACAGGAUUAGACGCAUAUGUUAUGUUGCAGUCUUCUAUAUGUCUGGCGGGAAGGUUUACUGCUUUCGAAAAACAAAUUAUUUCAUAUGAAAGAUGAAGAGGAAGUUAUCAUAGGUCAGUGAUAUAAAUUCGAGCCUUUGCUCAUUCGUUUUUAGAAAUUCAGAUGACGAGCCGAAGGCAUAGACCAAACUCUAGACUCUAUUUACUACUUGUAAGUGAACUAUUUUUUAAAUAUUUUCCCCGUUUUUACUUACAAUGUCGGACUUUAUUUCCUUCAUUUUAUAUAUGUCUGUCUCUUCCACAAGUUGAAAGAAAAUAAAAAAGUAAGAAUGCUAGAGUCGAACAAGGCCGGUCCUACAUCACUUUGCUUAGUUAAUAAUACGCUAAAAAUUAUAUAUUGUUUUAAUGUAAAUGUAUAAUGAAUGCAUGAGGGCCCUUAUAUUGGACGAUACUCAAGGUGGUCUAAAUUUAGCAGACUUCAUUGUGUCCACAAGAAUCCCCAUCAAUAUCCCAAUUCCCUAUUCUUAUUUUGCCAAGGACAAAUUUUCAUCACGAAAUAUAAAAAACUGUAUCUUUCAUUAGGAUCCUUCGAGUAGAAAAAAUAGGCUUAGAUUGUCCAAAUUGUCUUAAAAAGUUAAUUUUUAUGAUAAAUUAUUAUUAAGAGCAGAUUUUCGUCUGGAAAUAUUGAAAAUUAGGCCUUUUUAUCAUAUGAAGAUUCAGUUUCUGUAGGAUAAGUUAUAUAGCAAGGCAUUCAAAAUGAAGAUCCAUUCGAUUUAAGGUUUUCGCACCAAUCAUGAAUGUCUGUCUACAUACCACUACUAAGCGAUUUUUAUCCCGAAAGUCUAAAAAUUAAAAUAUGGGGAGUGGUCGAAAAACUGGUCAAAUCCGAACCUUUAUCCAAAACACAUUGGCGUACUACAUUUCCAUAAAACACUUCAAGUAUUGCUUGACUUGUACAGCGAACACAAGGGAACAACACGGACGGACAGAUAAGCUUGGAUCGAUUCACAUAGUGGCUCUGAAUCAAGCGGUUGAUCUAUCUCAAAUUUUUUUGGGUGUUACAACUGUCCGCCGGGCACCGCCUUGUGAUGUAGAGUAUGAAAGGGGCUUAAAGAAGAAAUAUGAGCGACGAAAAAGAAAUAGAGUGGUCCAUACAAUUUGUUCGCAUGGUCACCUUACAAAAGCUUUUUGUGUUCAGUUCAACUCGAUUCGGGGGAUCGUCUAGUAGCUUACUUUAUAUGAUGAUAAAAAGUCAGUAUUGUUGUUAUACAAUUUUUAGGUCAAAUUUUAUAUUCGUAAUGGCUAUCAAUCUGUUUAUUUUACUAUAUAACUUGCGGCGGUGACAAGCUAUGUUUGCUAAACGAAUGGCCAAAAAGACAGUAAAUUUUCCCCGGCGAACAAUACUCCAUUUGUAUAGUUAAGGUAAAACUUA